CAACACCCCAGGCUGCCAGCGCCUGUCACCUCUUCCAGAGCUCUCUGGCAAGCCAGGCAGGGCAGCUGUGUCAGUGGAGAUUGCAAGCAGGACUCCGUACAGGUGAACCCCCGACUUGGGCUGAAGCCCAAGAGUUGGUUCUGCGGGACCCUGCAGGCCAACUACCUUCAGUGCCCAGAGUCUCCAUCACCUUUCAAGGAUGCCCCAGCGCCUGCUGCUUCUGCUGUUGUGGUUGUGGGGACUGCCACUCCAGAGGGCGGAGACAGACUCUGAGGGGCAGACCACGGGAGAGCUGUAUCAGCGCUGGGAGCGCUACGGCCAAAAGUGCCAAAAGACCUUGGAGGCCACAAAACCUCCCUCAGGCCUGGCCUGUAACGGUUCCUUCGAUAUGUAUGUCUGCUGGAAUUACACGGCCGCCAACACCACUGCCUGGGUGUCUUGCCCCUGGUAUCUGCCCUGGUACCGUCAGGUGUCUGCAGGCUUCGUCUUCCGCCAGUGUGGCAGUGAUGGCCAGUGGGGAUCUUGGAGAGACCACACUCAGUGUGAGAAUCCAGAGAAGAAUGGGGCCUUUCAGGACCAGAAGCUGAUCCUGGAGCGCCUGCAGACCGUGUAUACCGUUGGCUACUCCCUGUCCCUGGCCGCUCUGCUGCUAGCCCUGCUCAUAUUAAGUUUGUUCAGGCGGCUGCACUGCAUUCGUAAUUACAUUCACAUGAACCUGUUCACGUCUUUCAUGCUGCGGGCUGCAGCCAUCCUCACCAGAGACAAGCUAUUGCCUCCACUGGGUCCCUACACUGGGGACCAGACCCCUACGCUGUGGAACCAGGCCCUAGCUGCCUGCCGCACAGCCCAGAUCAUGACCCAGUACUGUGUGGGAGCCAAUUACACCUGGCUGCUGGUGGAGGGUGUGUAUCUGCACCAUCUGCUGGUGAUCGUGGGACGCUCAAAAAAGGGCCACUUCCGCUGCUACCUGCUUCUUGGCUGGGGGGCCCCCGCGCUUUUCGUCAUCCCCUGGGUGAUCGUCAGGUACCUGUACGAGAACACACAGUGCUGGGAGCGCAACGAAGUCAAAGCCAUUUGGUGGAUCAUUCGCACCCCCAUCCUAAUAACCAUCUUGAUCAAUUUCCUCAUCUUCAUCCGUAUCCUUGGCAUCCUUGUUUCAAAGCUGAGGACACGGCAGAUGCGCUGCCCCGACUACCGACUAAGGCUGGCUCGCUCCACGCUGACACUGGUGCCCCUGCUGGGUGUCCACGAGGUGGUGUUUGCUCCCGUGACAGAGGAACAGGCUGAAGGCUCCCUGCGCUUCGCCAAACUGGCCUUUGAAAUCUUCCUAAGUUCCUUCCAGGGUUUCCUGGUGAGCGUGCUCUACUGCUUCAUCAACAAAGAGGUGCAGUCGGAGAUCCGCAAGGGUUGGCGCCUCCGCCGCCUGCUUCUCAGCCUUCAGCGUCCUCGCCCGCAGCAGGAGCUCGCCCCUCGGGCUGUGCCUUUGAGCUCUGCACCCCGGGAAGCUGCUAUCGGCAACGCCUUGCCCUCUGGGAUGCUGCAUGUGCCUGGAGAUGAUGUCUUGGAAAGUUACUGCUAGAUAAAGGGACCCUGUACAGUUAUCGUGUAUUGAGAGCCUACUGUGUACCAGCCCCCGAGUGGUGGAAUGCUGGGAAACUGGAGGAGAAGGAACUGGAAGACAAGGUCCCCACGUGUAUAUGUAUGUAUUUGUUGAGGAAUCAUUUAUGAAAAGAACUGAGGUGUCUAGGACCACCGACUGGGAAGCCACUUGUGAAAACAUGCUUAGGUCAUGGGUCAUGUUUGAAAGAAGUGGAGACAGCUUGAAGAGUUGGAGGACAAGAUUGCAGGCAGAUGGAACUGCAUUCGAAAUGGUCCUGGGAACAGGAAGAAGGGAGGAAGGCUUCCGUGGCUGCACUGGAAAAAGUCAGGGCCUCCAAAUGGGAAAAAGUGGGCAGAGGUGCAGAAACUGGAAUUUCAUCCCAGGCUCACUGAAGACUUUAUUAUUUUUACUUUAUGUGUAUGAUUGUUUUGCCUGGGGAUGUACACCACAUGCACACAGCACUUGCAUGUGCCUGAAGGGCAGAAGAUCCCUGGGACUGGAUGGUUGUCAGCCUCCAUGUAGAUAGGGUGAACAGAACUCCAGAACUCCAUCUCUCUGCAUCCCACCCCACCCCCGCCCCCAUUCUUAGCAGCAGUGUCUCCUGGGCUGUUUUCCAUGGCUCUCUGUUCCAGUUAUUAGGGGGAGUGAGUUGGGAGCCCAGUGAGAGGAAUGCAGGAGGCUGGACCAGAAUGGAGGCCAGAGAGAGGUGGGAAGGACUUGCUGAGGGAUUGCAGGAUCAAAGGAGACUGUCAUGACCAAAGGAGGGCGAUCAAAAGGCUCUGGGAUGGGAGGCUCUUUGCCUGUGCUAGGCUGUGGGAGAAGCUGAGCAGCAGGACCUGGAGUUGUAGGAGAGCUGGCAGCCAAGAAAGAGGAGCCUGGGGUCAGUGAGGUAACCAGAUCCUUCCACUUCCCAGAGAGGUUUGGGGAUACAGCCUCAUUGUGACUGGCCCACUUGCAGACACAGACACACACACACAGGCCUCCUUUAUUAGUACGGGAUGCUGUAUUUUCCCCAGGAUUCCCAGAGAGAUGUGUCUCGUAGCUGACCCACACUCCACACUUCAAGGCGUUGGCCCUAGUAAAUCAAGCUUUUUUAUGGGGUGGGAGGAAGCCCGGCUAGAAAGGGGGAUGACUAAGGUGUGUGUGUAAGGUAGUCUGCUAUAGAUGAAUGAGGCUCAAUUGGAGCCCUGUUGGCACAGAAGAUCCAUGAACACCACAUUGCUACUGUACCCUCCCCUGAGACAAUCUUUAUUGAAAACUAAAACAUUAUGUACAAUUAAAGUUGUGUGUGUGAACAUGCUGCUCCUCUGGAAGGCAACCCAGGCAAGGGGUGGCAGUGAGACCCCGGCAUAUGGUAGGCUUUGGUGGGAGGACCAGUGGAAGGCCAUUCAUUCAUACCUGAACUGUGAAGACCCUGUCUCAAAUAAACAGCAAAAGUAGCAGUAGCAGGAACCA